CCCGUACCUACAUGUCACUAUUCUAUUCUUGCACAUAACCAGGACUCCGUACUAGCGGCUCAACAUCCUACGACCCACGCAAUCUGUCGUUUUCGUGGCACGCACGACAACCGCAUUUGCGUCCCUGCGAGACACAACCUUGUACAUGGCGGCCCGCCUGGUGGAUCACCAACGACAAGGGUAGGACCUGGACCUGACGCAGAUGACGUUUGUGCGUUAGGCAAUUUUUUUUCUUUCUUUUAGAAAAAAAAGUCUUCGCCUAAAGUAGUCUCUGUGACGUGCUGGAUUAUACACAUGUCGCGCGUAGCUUGCUGCAUGUCGCCUUAUCUAUUGAUGAUGAUCAAUGAAGACAUCUCAGGUGAGCUGUGGGUGAUAGUCCCUCCCCCCAUUUGCCCCCUCCCCCCUCGUGGUUGACAGGUGGAACGCCUCCAGAUUACAGCAUUAUCCACUUCCCCAGCGGAGAGAAGAGUCACUCUUUUCAUUUUUCUGCUCUCCGCAUUCGAGGGGGUAGAGUUCCUGGGGGAAGAAGACGGAGUGCAUGCAGACAGCUCUUUUCCCCCCCUACCCCGGAGAUAAGAGAAAGAGAAAGAGAAAGCCUCAUUGCUUUCCCAAUAUGAGAUCAUUUCCGGUCACGACACGAUCUGGCUUUCGAACAUGUGUCAGCCGGCCUUUUUCUGCUUCCCUCGUACCAAGCUUUUUUCCUAUGUCUCUUGGCUGCCGUUCUUGGUUCUGCAAGUUCACCGGACAAGAAGCGAGAAAGAGACGGGAGAAAAAUCUCCUUGGUCUCGAAUCGUGAGAAAACAUCGUGAAUCAAGAUCAGACCCUGGCCCCAUUUCAUCAUCACCAUCACCAUCAACUGCCGUUCCGCCCAUCCAUCAAUCCCGCGCCUCAAACCCUUCAUCAUCCAACGGGGCGGGUAGCCACUGUCUGCAC